GUGGGAAUGCUUAGAAUUGCAUUGACUGUACCAAAACAACCUGCCUUCAAAUCUGUGCUUCUACAUGCAGUUCUGCGCUGAACUGAUCUGAGGGCGGGAUUACCUUGUUGCAACAUGGUGUUUUUGUACGAGGGAUAUUUUUGAGGCUGUAAUGCAAACUGGCUUCAGCAUCCCCAUCUAUAAUACUGCAAGUUAAAAAAGGAGGCUGCAUCUUUCCAGGUUACGGCAAAAAAAAAAAGAGUCCCCACCUUAGAGCUCCUCUCAGUCCAAAUCCAGCACUGAACUGCGUGCAGAAGUCUUGUGCUUCAACAAGCUGCAUACGAGUGCAUUGCUCACUUUAAAAUGGUUAAUAACUUUUUUAAAAAAUGGCAAGACCAGCGCUAAAAAGAAAAUAAAUCCUUUGUGGAGGGCUUGCUGUUGCCCAGUUACAGGGGACGGGGAAUCUCGAGUUUCUCCAGCUUUUUGUCCCCCUUGUGACGCUCGAAGCAAGCAAACAAACAAAAAAGUUAGCCCAAAAGUGAGACGCUACGCACGAGUCUACUAUUACACAUCUAUGGCAGCAGCCGGUUGAUAGCGGAGUGCACCAUGGUUUUCAGAAGAGAGUGCUGUCUUUAACUACAGAAGAACAAGGAUUUCUUUGGGUUAUUCUGGAGUGAAAUUUGUUACCCAACAAGAGAAGUAAACCCUUUUAAAAGAUAGGCAGUUGUAGUAGAAUUCUGAAACAAACGACUGGAUUAGCUUCAUUGGCUUUCCUGCUUCUUUUGCAUCCCAAAGCAUAAACUUAAAUCGUCUCAGAAGGACAAGGUCCGCCAGUUUAUGGCAGUUACCCAGGCUGGUGAAAGGACUGCUAUAUACUGUUUAAUGCAGAAUGAGUGGAAACUAGAAGUGGCAACAGACAACUACUUCCAGAACCCAGACUUGUACUACAAAGAAUCCAUGAAAAUUUCAAUAGACAGAAAGAAAUUAGAACAAUUGUAUAACAGGUACAAAGAUCCGCAAGAUGAGAAUAAAAUUGGCAUUGAUGGGAUUCAACAGUUUUGUGAUGAUUUAAGCUUGGACCCUGCUAGUAUCAGUGUUUUGGUCAUAGCAUGGAAAUUUAGGGCAGCCACGCAGUGUGAAUUCAGCAAAAAAGAAUUUGUAGAUGGCAUGACAGAACUGGGGUGUGAUACUACAGACAAGCUAAAAACUCUUUUGCCAAGGCUGGAACAAGAAUUAAAGGAUCCAAUGAAGUUUAAAGAUUUUUAUCAGUUUACCUUUAACUUUGCUAAGAACCCUGGACAAAAAGGUUUAGAUCUAGAAAUGGCAAUCGCAUAUUGGAAUUUAGUUUUAUCAGGGAGAUUUAAAUUUCUAGAUCUUUGGAAUAAAUUUUUAUUGGAGCAUCAUAAAAGAUCAAUCCCCAAAGAUACUUGGAAUCUUCUUUUAGACUUUGGAAACAUGAUUGCAGAUGAUAUGUCAAACUACGACGAAGAAGGAGCAUGGCCAGUUCUAAUAGACGAUUUUGUGGAAUACGCACGACCAGUAGUCACAGGAGGAAAAGGUAAAGCUUCCUAACCAUAGACUCUUCUCAGUGGACUUAAUAAGUUUGCAGUCUGAACUGCAUCAGGUAAUGAAGACAUUUUGGCCAAUAACUGUGCGCACUGUCACUGGUUUCGAUAGUCGUGGUGGGAUGCCACUGACGAAACAGGAAUCACUACUUCUGCUUCAAGAAAAUGAUGGCUGACUCAUGGACACUGCAAGAAGAAAUUCAGAAGAUAGCCCAGGCUGUUUGUAGGAUAUUGGCUUCAAUUAUUGUACUGGUUGUAUCAUAUAGGAUGUAGAUUUUGCAUGAUUUUAUACUUUGGAGAAGUUUAACUAGAGGCCAUUUUAGUAAAAGUUUUGACAGCACAGCAUGCCAUUCAGUUCAUGAACACCAGCAGUUACAUAAUUACAACUGUAUUAUAUUGUACUUAUAUUAAAAAGCAGUAUUUGUGGUAUAUAAAUUAAAUCCCUAAAUAAA